AUGUACAACCUCGUGGGCUUUCCGGCACUGCUAUGCCUCGUGCUGGCUGUGGCUCCCGUUCUGUCUGCACCUGUCGCUGCGGGAGAUGGAGCCAUUGUGCGAAGACAGAGCCACCAUCUCAAUACCAACACUCAGUCCGGCUCUAACAUGGGCUUCUCGAUCCCUGAUGGUCCAUCCUUCAACUCUGGCCAGUAUGCCUCCAACAGAUUUCGUGAAGACCGUGGGGGCGACAAUGAUGAUGAGGGCUCAAGCGAGUCCAGCAACACCAACGCAGGUAAUGGGAUGAAUAUCGGCAUCCCGGGUGGUCCCAGCAUCAACAUGGGCAACUACUUCAGUAACAACUAUGAGGAGACUGAAGAGUCACGACCAAACCCUUCAACUACUUCCACUACGACUAUCCCAGAGUCCACGACGACCCCUCCACCUCCGCCAGUUAACCCUCCGCCAGUCAACCCUCCGCCAGUCAACCCUCCGCCAGUCAACCCUCCGCCAGUCAACCCUCCGCCAGUCAACCCUCCGCCAGUCAACCCUCCCCCAGCCAACCCUCCGCCAGUCAACCCUCCGCCAGUCAACCCUCCGCCAGUCAACCCUCCGAUCGAGACUUCUGUUCCUGCUCCUCCUGCCCCUCCCGCUACAUCUACAACUAUAACUGACUCUACCCAACCCCCUCCUGCUCCCCCUACAAGUACUCCUCCUCCUCCUGCUCCUCCAACCACCACUCCACCAGCUGCUCCCCCUACCACUGCUCCCCCUACCACCGCUCCCCUUACCACUGCUCCCCUUACCACUGCUCCCCCUGCUCCGUCUACCCCCUCCGAGCCGGCUCCUCCUGCUGAGACCGAGGAACCUGAAGAGCCAGUCGUGCAAGAAUGCCCAGCACCGGAGCCUGAGCCACAGCCUGAGCCCCAGCCUGAGCCCGAGCAAUCUCCUGAGCCUUCUUCUGAUCAUGGACCUUCCCCUGAACCGGAGUCAUCUCCUGCCCCCGAGCCUACCCCUGUACCUCAGCCCAACUCUACACCGAGCCCUCAACCGGAGCCCCAGCCCCAGCCCCAGCCCCAGCCCCAGCCCCAACCUGACCACGAGUCUGCAUCCGAGCCCAGGAUCGCACCCACUCCUUCUCCAGCUGCUCCAGCAUUGCCUGCAUACACCUGCCAAUGCCCUGCAUGA